AUGACUUGUGCUGCACCCAUCAGCAUCGACGGGUGCGAUUGUGAGGUGUACCUCAAGUCUUCGAGUUACCUGAAGAGUGUUGCUCGCUCUUGCUGGGCAUACUUGCUCUCGGGACAGGCUCGAGCUCUGCUAGAGCAGAAAGCUGACGAAGUCUGCAGCAACAGAUCGCAUGCGCGCUCAUUGAAAGUCGUUCUUCUCCAACACCUCCAUGUUAUGGAAAGCUCGGACAAGAGCUGCGCUGGAAACCCUGUGAAGGAGGAGGAGAGCUUCCUUGAAAGGAUCUUGUUCGACAUCUUCUACCACGCUCUCUCUGUCAGAGGCUCAGAGUUGGAGGGCGCGGUGAAAGAAAAUCCCCCAGCAUUGCUACGAGAUCUUCUGCAGCAUCCUGUGAUGAAGGCGGCGCUUCCUACCGGAGCAGCAGAUUGGAUGAGUAUGUUGUUUCAUCCAAAAUGUUUGAACCUUCGGAAUCUCCUCUGGCAUGGCUUCCUUUGCCCAGCAGACUUUCCUGCGGAGUAUUCCUGCCUCCUCCUUCUCCUCACCAUCUCACUUCCGCAAGCACCUCAGAGACCAUUCUUCGAGGUAGAAAGGUACGAUGUCAUUGUCAGGCACAUCCCUCCAUGCACGGAUGAGCUAAGGUUGAGUUUCAAGUCAGAGAUGUUUCGAUCUUUCAUACAAUGUUGCGAUUUCUUCCCUCCUGCAUGUCAAGACGCGACCGUAUGGGCGAUCGAUCACUAUUGCCAAGGAAAUUACCAUCAUUUCUUGGUUCCGACAUCAUAUUUUUGCCGACAGUAUCUAACGUUCCUUCCUGUCUAUCAGUCCAUCUACAUCCCUGUCCUUGAGAUGUCAUUAAGACAUACCUUUGCUAAGAUCAACAAGGUCGAAGAUGUUCUGACAGCCAACUGCGGGCAAUACUUCUCGACACUGGACGGCUAUGGGCAGGUGAUGAUUGGACGCGCUGAUCCGAUGGACAAGCACCAGCUGCUGCUCGCUCCGUCGCUCCAUCGGGACUUACUCAGGAGCAGGCAGAAGAAAGUGACAACAGAAGGGCAAGACGACCAGAUGCAGCAGGGGGAGCAAGCAGCGAGCAACAACGAGCUGCUCUCCUGGAUGGGCUUCGGUGCCUUUGCCUUCCUGCAGGAUUUCUUCCUCCUUGAAGACGGGCCGGCUUUGAGGGCCCGCGUUGCGCACGGCGACUUUGAGAUUUCACCUUCUGAGCUCCAGAUGGCUAUGAACCCCAGCUACGUGCCAGAAGGGGGAGAAGGGGAUGGGGAAGGAGCAGCAGGGGCAGCGGCAGGAGCAGGGGCAGGGGCAGGAGCAGGGGCAGGAGCAGGAGCAGGAGGCAGCGGCAGAUCUGUCUCGGUCCUCGAGGCUGUCUGCACUGCUCUGAUCCACCUAGGAAUUCACCUCUCCUCUCUUUCUCUUCAUGAAGGAGCAUCGUCAAGGGACAACAGGAAACAGCUGCAGGUCCCGACCGGGAUCGCUGAGCUCGUUGCCUCCUCCUCCUCUUUCUUCCAUGAGUACGACUAUCUGUUUCAUCCCCUGAAGAAGCUUCGAGAGAACAUCGAGCAGUACCGGGAGAGCAUACGGCAGCUCAAGGCUCAUUUAGACCAGCUGUCUGUAGAUUUGGAAACAGAGGAGGAGGAGGAGGAGGAGGAGGAGAAGUUCAGUGUGGCGGCAGCGGGCGAGGUUAUGAGCCCCGAGAGACGUGUAGAAGAGCAGUUGACGUGGGUGAAGAUUGUUCACCGAGAACAAGGAGAGGUCAGAUUUCAGGAGAAGAAGUCGAAGGUUGAUAUUGCCUGGCGCAACGGACCGUUGAGGAUGAGAGAAGCUUACCAGGAAGCAACGAUUGCUCUUGGUGAUGAACAGUGGAAGAGGAGAGCGAGGAGAGGAGUGGAGUUUGAUGCUUGUUUGUUAGGCACACGAGUUUCUUGUUCCUUGCUGCAAGGAGGUGCUGGGAAAUGUUCUUUAGCAGCGGAAGAAAAGCUCGAAGAAAUCAUCCGAAGGAGGCAACUUGCUUCGACCCUGCUCAUCUCCGACCUCAUCACGGUAGCCUGCCACCUCCCUCUCCUCGUCAUCGAGCUAGUCGUGUUCAAGCACCUCGACAACCUGCCGCUGUUGAGCAAGCUCUUGGCGACGCUCGAGGCUGCAUCCUCCCUCGUAGACAAAGGCCGAACGGUCGAGGCAGUGAGCAAGGUAGAAGGUUUCUUUGCCUCCAAGACAGCGUCGUUGGCACUGAGCCGACUCUGUAUCUCCAUCGCUCGCAUCAUCUUGCUCAUCUCCCUCCCUCCCUCCCUCCCUCCUCACACGGAGGCAGCCAAAAGAGCGAUGCGGGGAUGGGGGAAGGAAAUGGACACUUAUCAGACGAUCGUAGACAGACUCUUGCAAGAAGCUCUAGUCAUGGACUGGCAUGCAACGUCGACGGCCAUGCAGGCCUUUGCCACGAGCUCGGGGGAGAUCCGCAGGUUGUUCAGCCCUGCCAACUAUGGGCUGCUGAUGCAGCAGACGCAAGGGGUGAUGGAGAAGCUCAGCAGGUUUUGUCGGCAGGCUCAGGGUAGGGAGGACUUGGGCAUCAAAGACCCGGACAUGAUCCAGGAAGCAGGCCUGCUCGCCUCCUCCCUUGAGUUCAGUCAUGAGAUCAUCGUCCGUCUGUACGGCCUGGCUGCUGCCUCCUGCGUGACAUCGGAGGAUCAGCUCAGGGCGUCGUGGGCCUCCUGGUCGAGAGUCUGCACGAGCGGCAUGACCUUGCUAUUGCACUACACAUCCUCUCGUGAGCACCUCUCCUGGCUGUGCAGCCUCUGCAAGAGGACGCCGACCUUCUACAGCAAGGGCAUGGGGAUCAUGCUGAGCUACCUCCGCAAGCACGUCCUGAGAGUCUCGGGGGAGGUGCGUCUAGUGCUCGAGAGCAAGCAGCAUGACCAUGAGCCCUGCCUUGGCUUCACCUACCUGAUGACUCCAGGUGACCAGCGCACGGCACAGCUCCACGACGAGGUGAUGAAGCUGCGGCGGAAGCAGGGAGCCGUCAGGCGCUUGUUCCAGAGCGCGGAGUACAGCGCGGAGCUUGACGAUUACAUCUCCACGCAGACGCGCAUCUCGCGCUAUGCCAGCAGCACGGUCGACAUGGCCCAGGUCUGCAUGCAAGAGCUCAGGCGGGACAUCCGAGGGAAUGAGGACCUGUGGGGCUCCCGGUGGAACCUCCAGAUCUCCUUCACGUUCUACGACGAGCAGAGCAACGCGUCUCUGACCUUGCGGUACAUCAAGCUCGACAACGACGAGACCCUCAAGCGCUACGCUCAGGCCAUCGACAUGCUGCGCAAGACCAAGAGGCUGCCUGUCGACGCUGUGGCCAUGAUCGCCUCUGUCCUGAUCCCUCACUGCUGCAUGAACAACUUCAAAGCAGGGGCUUGUGUUGAUGUCGAAUAA